GCAGCACAUUGAAGAGCAGCAGCAUAGCGACAGCGGCAGCAAUGAGGCGAUAGCGACAUAAGUCUCGAACAGCGCCGGGUCGCUCAUAUCAAAAGGACGAUUAUUGGUUACGUACCAUACUAGCCCAGCAUGUCGGUCGACUACCUUCUGCACGAGUCGCCGGUGGGCUUUGGCAUCUUCGCCUUGAAGAUGCAAAGCGACACCGUAGGAGCCCGCUUAAAGGAAGUACAGGAUGCGCACACCGACCUCGGCCGCUUCGGCAAGAUGGUCCAGCUUGUGUCAUUCGCGCCGUUUCAGGGAGCCAGCCAAGCACUAGAAAACGCGAACGACGUUAGCGAGGGUAUCAUGUCCGAAUACCUACGCACCGUACUUGAAAGCAACCUUCCUACCACGACAGGCAAGAAAGCGAAGAACAAAGUCGUACUCGGCGUGGGCGAUCGAAACCUGGCAGGCAGCAUCAAGCAAGCCUUCCCAGGCAUUGAGUGCGAGACGGGCGAGACGUCGGAGCUGGUCGCAGACUUACUGCGAGGCCUGCGUCUGCACGCCGAGAAGCUGCUCAAGGGCCUGCAGACCGGCGAUGUCUCUCGCGCACAGCUGGGUCUCGGCCACGCUUACAGCCGUGCGAAAGUGAAGUUCAGCGUGCAGAAGAACGACAACCACAUCAUUCAAGCCAUUGCCACCAUUGACCAUCUCGACAAAGCCGUGAACACCUUCUCCAUGCGGGUGAGGGAGUGGUAUAGCUGGCACUUUCCGGAACUCAUCAAGAUCGUCAGCGAGAACCAGAAGUACGCCAAGUGCGCGCUUUUCAUUGGCGACAAGAAGACACUCUCUGAAGACAGUCUGCACGAUCUUGCCAAGCUUGUGGAUGACGACGAGAGUGUAGCGCGCGCCGUCAUUGAAGCCGCGCGUGUGUCUAUGGGUCAAGACAUCUCUGACGCUGAUAUGGAGAACGUGAUGACGUUCGCUCAACGCACCGUCGAUCUGACCAACUACCGCAAGACUCUUGGCAACUACCUCGUAGCGAAGAUGGGAAUCGUCGCGCCCAAUCUGGCUGCGCUCAUAGGAGAAACAGUCGGAGCGCGACUGAUCUCGCACGCCGGCUCGCUAACCAACCUUGCCAAAUACCCGGCCUCCACCGUGCAAAUUCUAGGAGCCGAAAAGGCACUCUUCCGAGCACUGAAGACGAAAGGCAACACGCCCAAAUACGGUCUGAUCUACCACAGCAGCUUCAUCGGCCGAGCAGGCAUGAAAAACAAAGGCCGCAUCUCCCGGUUUUUGGCCAACAAAGCAUCCAUCGCUUCACGCAUUGACAACUUCAGCAUGCAACCUACGCGUAAAUUUGGUGAAGCGUUGAAAGGGCAGGUGGAGGAGCGGUUAAGGUUUUAUGCCGAGGGAAUCAAUCCGACUAAGAAUGAGGUUGCCAUGAAAGCGGCAAUGGAAGCAACCCUAGCGUCCAUCCAAAUCGACGACCCCACCGCCGCCGGCGCAGAAGAAGAAAUCGCCGCGCCGGGCGUGACCGGGAACGCGACGGAGGCGAAGAAGCGGAAGGAGAAGAAGUCGAAGACGUCGAAGUCGGCGGAUGCUGAUGUAGAUAUGGCUGAUAUCGAUGCUGAUGCGGCGGCGGAUGCGAAGGCGGCUAAGAAGGCGAAGAAGCGGAGGGCGGAGGAGGAUGUCAAAAUGGAGGUGGAUGAGGAGGCGGUGGCGAAGAAGCUGAAGAAGGAGAAGAAGGCGAAGCGAAGGGCGGAGGCCGAUGGGGAGGGGUUGGUGAAGGGAGAGGUCCCGGAGGAGCAGAUCAAGAAGAAAAAGAAGAAGAGUAAGGCGGAGUGAACCAGGGAGGAGAGCUAGUGGCCUGAUACGGGAGGAGUGUGCUUGGCGUUUGAGGUGUUGAGGGAGGAGUAUGGCGUGUUGGCGGCGAGGACGUCGCCGGCAAAUGACGUUAUUCUGUUUGGCAAGCUACCAGCUAUGUACGAAGGAUUGCAACUGCGAAAUGAAGUCCAUUCAGUGCCGCUAUGCUUGUAUCUGAUGCCAAUUCAUCUCAUGCAGCGCCUACUUCAUGCAUCAUACUCAUCGCUCGUCACUUCGUACAUCAUAGGGUAUCCGCAGCGUCUCUCCCACCAGGGCCUCAAGACGUCAUCACAUAGCAGUCGCUUAGAACCCACCCCCACCAAAGCCACCACCAAACCCGCCCAUCGCCAUAUCACCCAACAACAUGCCACCCAUUAACCCGCCGCCGACACCAAGGGCCAGCGGCAAACCAUA